AUGGACUCAGAACUCAGAAUCGUCGAAAUUCCUCCAGAGCAUCAAGCUUCCUCUACAAUUAAAGGUCACACUGACUCAGUUGACUUUGUAAGAAUCAACGAAAACGCUUCAUCUCCUCAAAUCAUCUCUGCAUCCCACGAUGGUACUGUAAAAAUUUGGGAUUUAUCAAGAAAAAAUGAGCUGUCCUCCAUUCUAGCUCACCAAGAAGGAGUAUUUUGCUGUGACGUAUCCCCAAAUGGAAGGCAAAUCGCAUCAUGCUCUCCAGAUCAAACAGUUGCCUUAUGGGAUAUCAGCAACCGUAAUAACAUCGCAAGAGCUACAAAUCAUACCCACAAAGUUUAUUUUGUGCUUUUUAUAUCUGAUUCCCAGCUUCUUUCUUGUGGAAGAGACAGAAAUAUUUUCCUCUGGGACUUAAGAAACAUGAGAGCACCUUCAAAAAACUUCGCAACUCCUCAAAGCGGGACUUUUAGAAGUGUGGCUUUGUCUCCUGAUAACUCAAUUUUACUUGCGACAACGGCUGAAUCUGGGAUUGAGGCUUAUGAAUUUCCAUCAGGGAGACCAAUUGCUAAUCAGACUAUUAAUUAUGAUAUGAGGGUAUUUCCACAAGAAAAAGAAUUCCUUGUGCCUCCUGCUAUUAUUUAUAAUGCAAGAUUUUUCAGAAAUCAAAGAAAUAUGCUAUUACAGUUAACUAAUUUCAUUUAUAUAUAAAAUUAUAGUUUAAACCAUAAUAAAUAUUGGGUUGUAUCCCUUUUUAUCCUCUCACCAAGACCAUGCAGUUCGAAAAUUUGAAUUAAAUAAUGGAAACCUCACCCAAAUUUCAUAUCACAGAAACCAUUGGGACUAUGUAAGGCAUGUCGAGAUCUCUAGCAACGAAAGAUUCUAUGUCAGCACUGCUCAAGAUGGCUCAGUAAGAGUAUGGGAUGCUGCUAGCAAUACUCCUCAAUUAAGCUUAAUUGGUCAUACUCAAAUAGUCUCCUCUGCAGCAAUAGCCAGAGAUAACAGGACAAUUGUUACAAGCUCAUAUGAUCAGACAUUAAAAAUAUUCACUAUCUAA